UGAAUAUAAAUCAUCACAAGGUAAAAAUCUUUGGUAUUAACCCCAAGUUUUUAUGAUCCCACAAAAACCACUAAACAUUACUUUGUAUCCUCCGCUACUCACCCCCUAUAAAUACUUCAAUAAUCUUAUUAUUACAUUUCCGGAUUGUCAAAUGUACUAAGCCAUAGAAAGAACCACCAACACUUUUAGCCACCAAAAACUCCCUAGACACUCCAAUGGGAUCGCUCCCUUCCCCGCCACGCUCCUCGACCCCCCCACCAACAUCGGAGAACUCCUCGUUCGGUGAAACUCGGGUUUACUUAGCCUUUCGGUUUAGAGAGCCAAAACCAGAUGUGAACAUGUCUGAUAUUAUGAUAUAUUGCUAUGACAUUGCUAAUAAUUCAUGGAGCUUUGUCACGUUAAUUCCGUGCCUAAUUGAGAACCAUGGCCUAAAAGAUUUUGCAAUGGUCUCACUUGGUGACUCAAUUUACGUAAUUGGUGGCAAAAUAUUUCAUCAAAAGAAAGCUUCUACAUCAGAAAAUGAAUCUAAUUCACAUGGCGAAGAAGAUGAUAAUGUAUCAUCAUCGGUGUUACGUUACAAUGUGUGUGCGAAUCAAUGGUCUAAGUGUGCCUCACUAGCCACUCCAAGGUAUGACUUCGCCUACACUGUUUGUGAAAGUAAGAUCUACGUGGCAGGGGGAAAGUCCACACUGAAUAGUGCAGUAGGGGUCUCGUCUGCUGAAGUUUAUGAUCCUAAUCUCAACAAGUGGAUUCAUUUGCCUGACAUGAGCACUUUGAGGUAUAAAUGUGUCGCGGUGACGUGGAUGGGAAAAAUCCAUGUGGUAGGAGGGUUCGCUUUAAAAAUCAACUCUGACCUAAAACCACAUAAUUUUAUGGCAGAACGAAGCUCGGCUGAGGUAUAUGACACGCAAACGCGUGAGUGGGACCUAAUGAAGGGGAUGUGGCAAUUAGAUGUUCCACCUAAUCAAAUUGUUGUUGUUAAUGGGAGACUACUAAGCUCUGGGGAUUGUUUAAAGGUGUGGAAAGGUCACAUAGAGGCAUAUGAUUUGGAAGAAAAUAUUUGGAAUGAAGUGGAAGGGUCUAGGCUAAUGACUCAUAAUUCCCCAAUAAUACCUACUAAUUGUUCAAACUAUGAGAGUGAGAUGACCAAAAGUGCCAUGGUCCAACAACUAUAUCUCACAAUUGCACCCAUUGGAACCUCUUUGUACUUUCUAGCAGGUUACCGAAGGGACGAUGGCGAUUCACUGCGAACAAAAUUGACUGUCCACAAAUUUGACACGUCGGCAACAAGCAAUGGAUGGAUGAGCUUUGAGCCAAUAGAAGAGGAUGGAGAGAAAGUACUUUGCAGCCACUGUUGUGUGGUUCAACUCUCCUAAUUAUCACAACCUUUCUUUGUAGAAAUAUUACAGCCAAGUAUCUCAAGCCCCCCACCAAAAAAAAAAAAUGUUUCAAUUGAGGUAUUGUUUAGUUAUAGUACAAGUUUUAUUUGUUUUUUUUUAAAAAAAAUUAUAUUUGUUUUAAGUUUUUUAUUUAUUUUUGAAUAAUUUCGAGACCUUAGGAAAUAUAAAUAGAAGUUAUCACCUUCUUUUUUGUUUAUACCACUUAUUAUUGUACUGAUGUAGUUUAUUUGUGUCAUGAACACUGAAUGAUGUUUUAUUUUAAUUUUUUUUCUUUUUUAUUUCAAGGCAGCAGCAGGCAUUUUUUUCUCAA